ACAGCUGUCAUUUUAUUUUCUUUUGUCAGUUCGCCCAGAUUGACCUGAAGGGAUCAUAAAUAUAUAUUGGUGUAUAUUUCGUUAGAACAUUUACUGACUGCAUAAUUAAAACAAUAUUAAAUAAUCGAUGUGCAGCUUUUAGUACAUUAUUAUAAAUGCGCAAAUAUUUGAGAACCUAAAAUCGCACGGGUUCGCCUGAAAAUAGCCAUCCACUUCGUCGCUGAAAUUCUAUUAAUCAAAGAUGGAAGCGAUAAAGAACAUUUCACUUGGUUUAAUUUCCGGCGUCUGGGAUAGCAUUAGAGGUAUGACACUGCUAUUCCAUAUAGACGCAGAUAUAUAUAAAAUAAACGAGGCAAAAGAGGCUGAAAAGCGCCGUCGGAAAAGAGAAAGAGAACGUAAUCGCAACCCGUCACCGACACCAUCGUCAGCAGCUGCUAUGGCCAGAGAAGAACUAAAAGAACUUAUCCAACAGAAGAAUAUACCGAAUGAACGCAGUAUAAAUAGCAUAUUUAAACGUUCGGAAAACAAUGAAUUUAAUGUCAAAAAACCCGAAAAAGAAGUGAUUAAAAAAGUAUGUCAAUGCUGUAUAUUGAAUGGUGGAUUCACUUGGCUUAGCAUUGUUUUAUUCGAUAAAGUUCUUAUACCAUCUUUUGAAUUUGGACUGAACUUGUUUUUUGACGAUGAUCCAUCCUCUAUUAGUUUUUCAAGGAGUCUUAUAGAACCCAUUGUAUCUAUACUUUUUGGUAUGACGUGGUUAAUGCCAAUAUUUCUGCUUAGCAAAUGCGUAAGCUCCUUGUGGUUUGCGGAUAUCGCAUAUUCCGCCUAUUUCGUGCGAAAAGGAAAACCGCAGUUAAUACCCAAUAUUAGCAAAUUAAUAGCAGAUUUCCUAUUUAACUUGGUGGUACAAGUAUUGUUCCUUAUACAAAGCAUGCUUGUCAAUUUAUUACCCGUACCAUACAUAGGUGAAAUUCUAUGUUAUAUACAUUUGUGCUUCAUCUAUUCAUUAUAUUGUUUCGAAUACAAAUGGUUCAACAUGGGUUGGGAGCUACACCGUCGUUUGAGUUAUAUCGAGAAUAACUGGCCAUAUUUUAUUGGGUUUGGCAUACCUUUAACUGUACUAACCAACAUGACCGAUUCUAUUGUCGUCAGCAGCUGCAUAUUUUCUAUACUUUUUCCGCUAUUCAUCCUGAGUGCAAAUGACGCAAUACCUAUCGUCGAUGCAGCCAAUAUUUCAUUGCGCCUCUUCUCGCCCGUGAUAUUUGCAUCUAAUUUAAUAUUCACACGUGGAGGUCCUCCGAAGUUGGAUGCAGCUAAAUUAGCUCAACAGAAAAAGCAACUACUCAUACAACAAGGAAAGCAACUACAAGAACACAAUUUGAUCCAGCAGCAUAUAGAAAAUGAAUAUUUAGGACGUAGUCGUAGUCGCCAAACUGAUGAAAUAUCAGAUGAAUCCUACAAUUCACUGCGCCGACAGUCUUCACGCUACUCUGAUUCACCGUCUCCAAGCCCAUCCCCAUAUCGCUACCAGCAGCCACCAAACCAACCUCGAGUACCAUCCACAAUGCGCGCCACAAAUGCUUUUGCUGAACGUGCUCAGUUCGGGAGUGGAGUUCCAACAAUUACACCUACAACAUUACCUAGAGCCCCAUCAUCUGUCAGCUCAUCUCCACAUUCUACACAAACCGUUCGUCGCAGGUAGGCGAACAGUUGCAGGCAAAAAUAAAAAUCAAAAAUUUAAACACACAGCUGUCGACUACAAAAUGAAACUGACGGUAUCGACUGCUGGCAACAUAAACAACUGAAAUUUAUUCAAAUGGACUUUAAAGUGUGAUCAAUAUCUUUUAGUUUCGCUUUAUGUAUAUUGAUACAUAAGCUUAAGAUAAGGAACGCUUUAUGUGCUUGUUUCGCUAAUACAAGUAAUUCCCCCUAAUAAUUCUUAUAAUGACAAUUACAUACAUUUGUAUUUUUUAGAAGCUGAUUUUUAUUUACAUAUUUAGAAAGUAUAUCGCAUAUUAGGUAUAAAAUUCUCAAUAUAUGUCGUAAUGUAAUGAAUCGGACAAUUUUUUUAUUGUUGUACGUUUUAUAUGUACAUACAUAUACGUAUAUAUAUACAUAUAUACAUAAAUAUACACGCGAGAUAAAUGAUUUAAAUAAACUUCAUCAAAAUAACUUUUGUAAA